AUGGUGCGCGUCGCGGUGGUGGGCUGCGCCCACGGGCUGCUGGACGACAUCUACGCGACCAUCAACUUCGUCAACGAGAUGGACCCGGAGCACCCCGUGGAGCUGCUGCUGUGCUGCGGCGACUUCGAGUGCAUGCGCAACAUGCGCGACCUGGACACGCUGGCGUGUCCGCCCAAGUACCGCGCGCUGCACGCCUUCCACCGCUACUACAAGCAGGAGAAGACGGCGCCCGUGCUCACCGUGUUCGUCGGCGGCAACCACGAAGCCUCGGGCUACCUGCAGGAGCUGCACUACGGAGGUUGGGUGGCCCCCAACAUGUUCUACCUGGGCGCAGCGGGCGUCAUCAACGUGGCGGGGCUGCGCAUCGCUGGACUCUCGGGCAUCUACAAGCAGCAGCACUACACGGCCGGACGCUUCGAGUCGAUGCCUUUCGACAACAACACCAUGCGAAGCGUGUACCACGUGCGCGAGCUCGAGGUCUUCCAGCUCUCUCACGUGCAGCAGGUGGACAAGACUCCUCUGGGGGCGUUCCUGUCGCACGACUGGCCGCGCGGAAUCGAGCAGCACGGCAACGUGCCCCAGUUGCUGCGGCGCAAGCCAUUCUUCGAGCAGGAGAUCAGGACCAACACGCUGGGCAGUCCUGCGGGCGAGUUUCUACUGUACCAGUUGCGUCCGCAGCACUGGUUCGCCGCGCACCUGCACGUGAAGUUUGCCGCCAUCGUUGUGCACCCGGAGCAAACAACCGACGCAGUCCAUGCAUCAACCAAUGGUGACAGUGCUGAGCUAGCGAAGGCGGACGAUAAGGAAGAGCAAGAGGCAGCACCAAAGCCUCCGUCGCAGCCGGCAACGACCAAAUUUCUGGCCCUCGACAAGUGCCUCCCGCGCCGCGAGUUCAUGCAAAUCUUGGACUUAGCCACUUCCGCCACUAUCGUAGAAGCUUCGUCGGCCGAAGAACAGAAGAACGAAGCAGUGAUUGCACCGGCGACGAACGGAGACAAGCAAGACGAUACCCAGGAAGAGAAGCCAGAUGACACAAGCCGGAGCCCGAGCUCGAGACCGCCGCCUAAGAUCAUGUUCGACCUGGAAUGGCUCGCAAUUCUGCGCGCCACGCACCACCUGGCCUCGUCCAACAAGUUUGCGCCGCGCGUGCCCCAGGAAGAGAUGAAAAUCGAGGACAAGGAUAUUGCGUGGGUGAAGCAGCGCCUGCAGGAGUUUAUCGCGGAGAAGAAGCUCGACAAGGCCGAAGGUGAGUGGAUCACCGACUUUGUCAAGACAGCACCAGGUCACGGCGAAGAGGAAGGACCCGUCCUCGUGACCGGUAAUCCUCAAACAGAUCUUCUGCUGGAGCUGCUCAAGCUCCCGCACGUCGCGACUGCGCCGUUCGUCAGCGGUGGCACGACUGCGGCGGCGGUCGAGGACCCCAACGAAAUUGACCUGGACGAAGACGACGACGACGAAGAGAACGAUGACGAUGUGAAACCAAUGGAGACCGACGCCGCCACCCCCAGCGAUAGCACUAAUGUCAGCUCGGCGGCAGUAGCAACAGAAGCCGAGUCGGCGGCACCCGCAGACCCGUGCGAAAUCGACCUCGACCUGUAACUUGGAAUGAAAUUUUGCUAGUAUG